AUGCUCUUUCUGCUGUUUGUAAAUGACUUGGUCCAGGAGCUACCGGUUCCCGUCUUCAUUAUUGCCGACGACGUACGACUAGUGAACUCAGGACCUGUAGAUCGACUGGAGGAUGAUCCGGCUAAGGUGGUCCGGUGGACACAGAAGUGGGACUUGGAGCUAAACGCUUCCAAGUGUCACGUUCUAAAUACUGUAUGGCUUCCGGUUCGAGUGGCUACGACCACUAAACCGACGGUCUUCGCUCGCGUAGACCGAAUGCUGGAUCUGGGAAUUUCGGUCCGCGAGGACUUAAAGCCCAGUGAUCAAUGCCUUGUCGCCGCACAAAAUGCGAGGCGGCAAUUGUUCCAGCUUAAGGCGGCCCUGUCGUCCAGGAACGCUGAGGUUUUCCUACCUCUACAUAAGGCCAUGGUUAGACCGCAGUUAGAAUACUGCGUGCAGGCUUUGGCGCCUUACUUGAAGAAGAAUAUCAUUUGCCUUGAGAGGUUCCAAAGUGAUUUAGUGGAGUGCUUGGAUGACCCAUGUUUCCUCUACGCUGAUGACGUAAAGCUGAUAGGCAACCCCAACUCAGAGACUAUACAGAGUGAUCAAAGCAAAAUCUACCAAUCGUCUGUGCUAUGGGAUUUGCCGCUAAAUGUCAGCAAAUUCCAGAGACUCAUCGCUCAGCAGGAAGAAGAUCAGAGUAGACGUCUCGGCUCACCAGGCACUGGGAGUGAAUUGGAUGUAGUGACGGAGGCCAAGAAUCUUGGUAUUAUGAUCCAGGCUGAUUUCAAAAAAGUGAACGUUGCCGACAAGUGGCACGAAGGGCACCAGGAGCUCUCUACCAACAUAAGAGAGCAGUGA